CCAUGUCCUGGUUCCAUGGGGGAUGAAAACCAAACUGGACCAAUACUGUUCCACUUCCGUCCCUUCUCAAACCUUCCUGAAGUCCAGCAGUUGAUUUUCAUACCCUUCCUACUCCUGUACCUGCUCAGCCUCUCUGGAAAUGCUGCUGUUGCUCUUGUUGUAUGGACCAACCACUCCCUCCACACCCCCAUGUACUUCUUCCUAGCCAACCUGGCAGCACUAGAGAUCUGCUACUCCUCUGUCAUUGCACCACUGACCCUGGCCAGCCUCCUGUCUGGAAGGAAGGCCACCAUCUCCCUUGCUGGCUGUGGUACCCAGAUGUUCUUCUUCGUCUUUCUGGGUGGGGCUGACUGCAUGCUCCUGGCUGUCAUGGCAUUCGAUCGAUAUGUGGCCAUCUGCCACCCACUGCGCUACCCCCUCAUAAUGAGCUGGAAGGUCUGUGUGCGCUUUGCAGCUGGGUCAUUGGUUCUGGGCUUCCUCUUUGCUCUGCAAGUUACUAUUUUGCUCUUCUACCACCCAUUUUGUGGUAACAAUGAAAUCGACCACUUCUACUGUGAUGCAAUGCCCAUGCUACUACUGGUGUGUGGCAACACUAAGAGCCUUGAGGUUAUCAUUUUUUUUGCAAACAUCAUAACUCUGACUGUCCCCUUCCUGAUGAUCUGUGUCUCCUACGUACUUAUUGUGUCUGCCAUUUUGCGGAUCCGCUCUGCAGCCAGCCGUCACCGUGCUUUCUCCACCUGUUCCUCCCACCUGAUAGUUGUCCUUCUACAAUAUGGCUGCACCAUUUUCAUUUACUCUCACACCAGUUCUACCUACUCCCCGCAACAAGGCCGGGUGCUGUCUGUGUUCUACACCUUUUUGAAUCCUGCACUGAACCCCCUGAUCUACAGCAUGAGGAAUAAGGAACUGAAGGAUGCUCUGAGCAGAGUGCUGGGGAAGAAUGUGAUUUCCCAGAGGAAGUGAUAGGUCUUUCAACACUGAUCCAAGGAAAAAUGAAUGUUUAGAUGACUCAAGCUGUUUGAGACCAGGAUACACCUUUAGAACACUAGUUUUACAUUGGAUUCAUGUGUAGCAGCAUUAAAAAUGGACCCACCUGAAGGGAUAGGAAGGACUGCCCCGCAGAGAAACAAGAGUUUGACCCAGUGGGGAUACUGUUUGCCCUGAGGGUGAGUGAAGCUGUUUCUGAGGUAGCCCUCUUGGAAGUGGAGGGGUGAUGUAACCCCAGCAGGGUUUGAAUGAGAGAGGUUAGAAAAAGCCUGGGAAGAGCCCUGCCCCGGGAUUGGCUGAGAGGCUUGGUUAAAAGGGGAGAGCAGUUUUCCCGAUGGGGAGAACAAAGGAGAGAGGGAGGGGGUGAGAGAUGGGCUGGAGACCAGGGAAAGGAUGUCCCCAUGGCCAUCCAUCCCCCUGCAGAAGUAGCAGCAAGAGGCUGCACCAAGAGCGCUGCACUGUGUCCAUUCUCCCUCCCUUCCCCUCCAAGUCCUGUGGGGCAGGUCAAGAGAAGAGCUGCCUGGGAGGAGAUUCCAAGCCUGGGAAGACCCUCCUGCAAGCC